AUGGCGACACCGUCCCCCUCCCCCGCUGGCCCGCUGAGCUGGGACAUCCUGCGGGAUGUGAUCGAAGUCGCCACCGACGCCGGUACGCUAGCGAGGAUUGCGCGCGUCUCGCGCGCCGCCAACCAGCCAGCCAUCCGGAGGCUGUACACGCACCUCGACAUCAGCGGGCCGCGCCUGCACGACCUGCUCAGGAUGCAUACGCCGCAGCCGCCGGCCAACGCGUACAAUCUCCAGCUGUACAAGUGGCGCCUCGCGACGCGGUACUACCUCCCGAUGCACGAGCACCAGCGGCGCGCUCUCGCCCUCGUACGCAGCCUGAACAUCCGCAACAUCUCCCGCCCGGCACUGGAGGCCCUGUACGCCGCUGCUGCCAGCACGCCCGGCGUGCCCCUCUUUCCGAAUGUCGAAAAGGUUCACGUGUAUGGCAGGCCUGACGGCCCACAGGGCGACCAGGGCGUGCUCCCGGCGCCGGACCGCAUCGUCCUCUUCCCCUCGACUGCGCACCUCUGCGCGUGGUGGACGGACCGCGACGGGGCGACAGGCUACCCUCCCAACUUUGGGCUCUUCCCCACCCAGCCGCCGCAGUCGGUCAUUUACCACCAACCGUGGCGGAGCAACACGACCGAGAUCUGCCCUUUCAAAGCGCGCCUGCAGGGACCGGUGCAGGUUAUCUACUUCCUUGAGGACUACGGGCAGUCGGCUUACGUGGACAUCCCCCACCCCGACCAGCGUUGCAUUGUCUGUGGCGGCAGGACCGUCUUCAACGCCCGCGACUAUGGCGGUACCCUGUUCUCCCAGGCGUGGUGA